UGCUUCAUUUGACUACUGACUGACUUGCUUCGUCUCCAAUUUUUUUCCGUAGAGAAAGCGAAGAUCAUUGUCGCUGAAGAAGAAGAUGGAGUCAUCUAUGUCUCAGAAGUUCACUCUUGUUUAUGCUUCUUUUCUCGGAGCUGGUGGGUUGGUGGGUUACCUGAAAGGCAGAAGCAAAAUAUCACUAGUCGCAGGAGGAGGAUCAGCUGCAUUGUUCUAUUAUGUAUCUGCGGAGCUCCCACGAAAUCCUGUCUUAGCAUCCUCCAUUGGCAUUGUGGGGUCGGUGGCACUGACAGGGAUGAUGGGAUCACGUUACUUAAGGACGAGGAAAGUGGUCCCGGCUGGAGUUGUGUCGUUGGUGUCACUCGUCAUGACUGGAGCUUACUUGCACGGCCUCAUUCGCUCAAGUUGAAAGCCUCUCUGCCUUCUUCCUUGGGGACCUAUUUCCCAAUGUUGUUAAAAGUUUUAAGUGGGCAUUUCAAAGUUUCUGAGUAUUGUAUUGUUGUACUAAUGAUUUGUGCCUUUGUGGGUGGUGUUGUUUCUUUUAUCAAAAGUUUUUUUUGUCCCGUGUAGUUUUAAGAAAAUAUGCUGCUGAGUAAAUGAAACAAUGAUAUUGAAGAGUAAGAAUUUCACUAAAGUGAGAACUUAAACAUCUUCUUAUUCUGUAACACGACGAAGACUUUUAAAGCUCAGAUAAAGAGAGCCACAGAAUCCGAGACUUGAAAGUAAACGUGAUGCGAUGGAAUAGAAGAUAAGGUCAACAACGACUCAAAAGUUUAUAGGAUAAUCUUCACUUUUAUUAGCAAAUUUCGACUUACAAAUGCAUUUUUAUUUUACAUUUUCACAUUAAGAAAAGUUUUUACACACUGAAACAUUAGAUAUUUUUAUCUAUUUUAGUUGGAAAACAUCAAGAGAUUUUGUCUUCUCUAAUCAUAAAACCUAUGCGUUUACGUUUUGUGAUUUUUGGCUAAUAGCUAUUUUAUGUACCACUAUGGUUACUCCUACAACAACUUUUACUGCACAAAUACACAUUAUUAAAAGAGAGUCACAUAUAAAGUUAAAAAUCAAAGUUUAACCGGAGGUGGAAUUGUCAACCUUUUUAGUGGUGAAAUGAAAAAGAACAUUUAAAUGCAUUUGUAUUUUACAUUAUCCAUUUUCACAUAAUUAAAAAAAAAAAAAAAAAAAAA